AAACAACAUACUCGGUUAGCGCUAGGGCAACAGAGUAGGCCUAACUGUUUGAAAAACUCAAGGGAGAGAGUUAUUUGUGAAAGAUCACUGACUUAGAGGGAACUCAUAAUUUUUUAAUCAGGGUAUUGUAUAACAAGGUAAUAUGAGUUCUGAAAUUGCAUCCACAUUAAAUGGAAAAGUGAAAGGAAAAGUUUUGAAAUUAAAAGAUGAAACACCAGUCAGCAUAUUUCGAAAUAUUCCUUUUGCGAAACCGCCGUUGGGAAAUUUAAGAUUUAUGCCUCCGCAGCCAGUGGAAAGUUGGGAUGGCGUUAGAGACGGCAUCACACCUGGAAAAGUGCCGAUGUAUUCUACUCUUAUGGACGAAGCGAUGAUGAAGUAUUUUCCAUUGCCUGAUCAGUACGAUGGCGUCGAACAAGUGCUAGGAGAAGACUGUUUACAUUUAUCUGUAUAUACCCCAACGCUUGAAAAGGGCAAAAACCUUCCGGUGAUGGUUUGGCUUUAUGGAGGAGGAUUUGGCAUGGGUUCUGAACGACUAUAUGAUGGUUCUGUACUUGCUGGAAUGAAUGAUGUUGUAGUUGUUAUACCGAAUUACAGAGUUGGAGUCUUUGGAUUCUUAUCACUGGGACCUUCAUCCGUAUGUCCAGGAAAUGCUGGGAUUCUGGACCAGCAACUAGCCUUGAGAUGGGUUCGAGAUAACGUGGAAUUUUUUGGAGGAGACAAAAACAACGUAACUAUAUUUGGCGAAAGCGCGGGAGCAAUUUCCGUCAAUCAUCAUAUGAUAUCACCUCUGUCACGUGGCCUGUUCCACAAGGCUAUAAGUCACAGUGGACAAUCUACAAUGCCAAUGUUAUUUCGUACAACGGAAGAGAACGAUAAACCGAACAAAAUUUUCUUUGAACAUCUGAAAAUUGAGGAGACAGAUGACAAAAAGAUUCUUGCAGCUCUGCAAAAAAUACCAGCACCCGAUUUGAUAGAAGCUCUGAACCAACUGAUGGCGAAAAAAGUCGUCUUCUAUCCUUGUUUCGAUGAAAAAGUGUUUCCCAAAACUCCAGAAGAGAUGCUGAAAAACAAAGACUUCACAAAAGUACCUUAUAUUAUUGGAUGCAACAAUACAGAGGGUCAAGGAUUACUUGCAGUCCUCACAUCUCCAGAUAUUAUUAAAGGAAUUACAGAGGAAGACUUGAGAAAAUUUCUUUUUGUUCCGGUUUCAGAUGAGGGUUUUGAGAAGUGUAAAGAGUUUUACAUAAAGAACAACAACGAUGAAAAAAGAUUCAGUAAAGCGUUUGGUGCGAUUAUGGGCGACGCCAUGUUUGUUUCAAAAGCUGUAAAGACUGCCUCAGUAUAUGCCGAUGCGGGCGCACAAAUUUACUUAUAUUAUGGAACAUUUCGGCUUAAAAUGUUCCAAGGUGAUGAAUACGGGCCAGAAGUGGGCAAGCUUCCAGAUUGGUGUUGUUGUGAUCACGGUAAUGAUAUAAUGAUUACAUUCGGAAUGCCAUUUACAACCUACCCCUUAACGAUGGGUGCGAAAUUCAGCAAAGAAGAAGAAGAUCUUAGUCGAAAUUUUAUGACAUUUUUGACAAACUUUGCUAGAACUGGUGAUCCAAAUAAAGGAAAAACAUUGGAUGUGAAAUGGCCAAAAUAUAAAUCGAAAGGCGAAUAUCUCGUGGUUGACACUACUUUAUCAAUAGGAAAAAAUCUGGCGGAAAAAGAAGUCGAUUUCUGGAGCAACGUUAUACCUUCACUGGUUGUCAAACCACAGUGGAUUAUACAAAUGGGUGUUACAAUGAGUUCGGAUAUUGUGUCAAUGCCUAAUGGGAAAAUAAAGGGAAAGGCUGUAAAAUUGAAAGGAAAAAAUGCAGCACGUGUCAGCGUGUUUCGAAAUAUUCCUUUCGCAAAACCACCAGUGGGGAACUUAAGAUUUAUGCCUCCUCAACCGGUGGAACCUUGGAAUGGCGUUAAAGACGGGACUACUCCUGGGAAGGUUCCAAUGUAUCCUACUGCAAUGGAGGAAGGAAUGGAACAGUAUUUUCCAUUUCCCAAUUCAUACAAGACCGAACCAGUUUUAGGAGAAGACUGUCUGCACUUAUCUGUAUACACACCGUCGCUUCAAAAAGGCAAAAAUCUUGCGGUGAUGGUGUGGAUUUAUGGAGGAGGGUUCAGUUCUGGCUCUGAACGAGAGUACGAUGGAACGGUACUUGCUGGAAUGAAUGAUGUUGUAGUUGUUGUACCGAAUUACAGAGUUGGGGUCUUUGGAUUCUUAUCACUGGGACAUUCAUCCGUCUGUUCGGGGAAUGCUGGAAUUCUGGACCAGCAAUUGGCUCUGAGAUGGGUGCAAGAAAACAUACAACACUUCGGAGGAGACAAAAACAACGUUACCAUAAUCGGUGAAAGUGCCGGAGCCGUUUCUGUCAAUCAUCAUUUGAUAUCACCUCUGUCUCGUGGCCUAUUUCAUAAAGCGAUAAGUCAGAGUGGACAAUCUACAAUGCGUGGAGUAUUUCGUGGAGCUGAAAAAAAUGGUGAAUAUAACAAACAAUUUUUUGAACAAUUAAAAAUCACCGAGGAAGAUGACAACAAGAUUUUGGAAGCAUUACAAAAAGUACCUGCAGACGACUUAGUAGAAGCUAUGAUGAGUUUGAUGGAGAGCGGUGAAUCGUUUUGCCCAUGCUUUGAUGGAAAAGUGUUUCCUAAAACUCCAGAAGAAGUUCUGAAAAACAAAGACUUCACAAAAGUACCUUAUAUUAUUGGUUGUAACAACACGGAAGGUCAAGGGUUACUUUCUAUCAUGUCUUCUCCAAAUUAUAUGAAAGGAAUUACAGAGGAAGAAUUAGGUCAAGUUUUUUAUAUUCCGGUUUCAGAAGAGGGUUUUGAGAAAUGUAAAGAUUUCUACAUAAAAGAUGAAUCUGAUGAAAAAAGGUUUAGCAAAAUGUUUGGUGCAGUAAUGGGUGACGAUUUAUUUGUUUCAAAGGCGGUACAGACGGCAUCAGUUUAUUCGGACUCUGGCUCCCAGAUUUACCUGUAUUACGCGACUUUCCAACUCAAAAUGUUUCAAGACAAUGUAUAUGGGGAAGAAGUUGGGAAGAUGCCAGAAUGGUGCUUCUGUGAUCACAGUAAUGAUAUUAUGAUGACGUUUGGGGUUCCUUUCUCACCGCACCCGUUAUCAAUAAAAGCAAAAUUCUCCAAAGAAGAAGAGGAGAUUAGUCGUAAAUUCAUGGCAUAUCUGACGAACUUCGCCAAGACUGGAGAUCCAAAUAAAGGAAAACCAGUGGAUAAAGAAUGGCCUCAAUAUAAAGCUAAAGGAGAUCACCUUGUAGUCGAUUCUACUUUCUCAGUAGAAAAAAAUCUGGCGGAAAAAGAAGUUGAUUUCUGGAAUAAUGUUAUGCCUGCAUAUAUGACAGAAAAGAAAUAAACUAGAAUUUUUUUUUACAAAUGUUAGCACUUUGAUAAUUAUUAUAUACAUGGUGAUUUAUUCUAGUCUUCGCAAUGCAAUAUACAAUAUAAGACGCACAUGAAAUAA